AUGAGAAGAAUACACAGCCCAUUGCGGUGUUUGUACACGCCCAAUGCUCGCUCAAUCGCCUCAAUCGCCUCAGUUGCUCGCCUUCCCCUGUCUACAUCUAUAUCUACGAGAUGUAUUGCCCAGAGAAGGACGCUCUCCUCGUCGCUUGCUGAGUCGGACAGCUCUUCACCCAGCCAGAAAUGGUCCCAUCCGCCCAGCACGGCCACGGUGACGGAUGAAGAGAUCGCGGACCUCACCAACAAGCCCCAAUAUGCGCUGAAUCUGGCUGAUCUUGUCAAGCACGGCCGUCCGCCGCUCCCCGAGGAAGCCCUCUUCACCUCGGCGAACUUCACCCUCUCGCUGUUGCCCAUCCGGCUAGCUCACCGCAUCCAAGCGCUGCGCAACCUGCCCUUCAUCGUGGUCUCGAAUCCAAACAUCAGCAAGAUCUACAACAACUACCUGCACUCGCUGUCGACCCUGCUCCCUUGGAAGCACCGCACCAUCUCGAACAUCGACGCCGAGAUCCGCUUUACAUCAGUCCUGGCCGAGCUGGUAGCUACACACCAGGAUACGAUCCCCAUUCUUGCCAAGGGCUUCCUCGAGUGCCGCCGGUAUAUCAGCCCGGCCGAGGUGACGCGUUUCCUGGACACGCACCUGCGCACGCGUAUUGGAACCCGCCUGAUCGCCGAGCAGCACAUCGCCCUGCACUACAGUAGCAUACCGCACUUCGACCCAGGCGCCUCGCCGACGCCGUGUCCCGAACACCCGAGCUAUAUCGGCGUUAUCGACACGGCGCUCUCGCCUGCUGCCAUUGUUGACUCUUGCGCAGGCUUCGUGGCCGACAUCUGCGAGCUUAAGUACGGCGUGCGUCCGCGGUGGAUCAUCGACGGCGAGCCCUUGACCACAUUUGCCUUUGUGCCCAUGCAUCUCGAGUACAUCGUCACGGAGCUCCUCAAGAACGCCUUCCGCGCCACUGUGGAGAACACAUAUACCCGCGGCUCCUAUAAUGACGAUUACGAAAGCCGCGAGCCCAUCGUUAUCACCAUUGCGCCGGAACCUCCCGAUGUCGGCCCUCCUCGUCUCACUCUCAACCCACCCGCAGAGAACAUGGGCGCUUUCCGCGGUGAUGCUAUCAAGCCCCUCGACGAUAACGCCCCGGGGGUGACGAUACGGAUCCGUGACCGCGGCGGCGGCAUCGCCCCAGAGGUUCUGCCUCACAUUUGGAGUUAUAGCUUCACCACGUUCAGCGACGACGACAUGGACGACAUGAUGUCCAUGUCAUCUGGGGGUGGUGGAGGAAGUGCUGGCGGACAGGAUGCUCUGGGCGUCAUAUCGGCGGCCAGCGGGGGCGGUAGCUCCAUCGCUGGUUUGGGAUACGGGCUGCCGCUCAGUCGCGCGUACGCCGAGUACUUUGGGGGUGGCAUUGCCGUGCAAAGCCUCUAUGGCUGGGGGACGGAUGUGUACCUGCGACUCAAGGGCGUGGGUAACAUCCGGUGA